AUGACCUCAAAUGCUUCGAAAAGAUCGGUGUGUGCUUCUUGUGGUAAGCUCGUACCAGAUGCUGAUAUUGUUCCUGUUGAUGAUGGUGAUCCUUUGCUCUUACCUCUCGGGAGUGCUCUCGAUCGCUGUGGUCAGCGUGAGCGCACCUGGAAUGUGUGCUUAUCCUGCCUAGGCCUCUGCAUGGUGCGGUCUUGCGGUUUCAAACUGCAGAGCUAUGACUUUGAGCAAACAGCGCUGACCGAUAUGGACGUGAAAAGCCCAAGGAAAACGACUUUGAGCAUAUAG